AGGUGUAUUUCUCCUGCUGCUGUUCCCAUUGUUGGGGAUUGGGUCGACUCUCAGCUUUUAUGGAGACAGCAUUAGUUUCAUGGCUCCAGAGAAGGAAAUGGAUGGGACAUUUAAGGUGACCUUUUAUCACCGGCAGAAUGGCAAAAGUAACUGUCAGGAUCAGUCAUCUUUCUCAUGUGAUAGUGGCGUAUGUGCAGGCUUUAACGAGUCGAGCGUCCUGCAAACAGACCAGGACAGCACAGGCCAAGGCCGCUGGUGCCAGUCUGAAGGACACACAACAGCAACCAUCCUGACUAAUAAUGCCUCCUUGUCUCUGAGGAACUCUGGCUGCUGCUGGGUGUCUAAUGUUGAAGGGAAAACCCAGUGGACAACAUAUGCUGAGCUGGACCUGGGAACUCGAUCUGAUACGCACACUGUCAACAGCUGUCCCGUAACAACAACAGUGUCUUCUUUGCGGGUGCCUCAAAACUGUUUUUCGAGGAUUCGUAUUCUGGCACAUGAUCCAGAUGGAGAUGAAGUGAAAUGUCGCUUUGCUACACCUGGUCCCACAAACUUCGCUCUAGACGAGACUACAUGCAUACUGACAAGUACAGGUGACAUUGAGACUGGAAUCCACGUGUUUGAGUUGAUGUUAGAGGACUUCUCCACCAACAACAUCACUUUGACCUACUCAGAUGGAACAUCGGUGUUUCGUGAGGCCUCUGGCAUGAACUCACCUCCUCUCUGCAAAGUAAAGCUGCAGUUCUCAAUUGAGGUUCUCCUGCCAAUACCAAACUGUGAAGCCGGUCAUGUGCAGCCCAUAUUCUUGUACAGAACCCCUUCACACGGUGAUAUUCUUCAUGCCACUGUGGGCCAGACAUUCCAGCUUAAUGCUGAAGCUGAAGCUCGCCAUGCCAGCAUCCACGACUUCCAGGUCAGUGGACCCCAGAACAUGACCAAAGUGUUCAAAGACGAUCUGCUCGGAAAAGCAGAAGUCACUCUCAGCUGGACACCACAGCUCAGUGACCUGUACAGAUAUGUCCCAGUCUGCUUCACUGCAGAGACAAAUGACACCCAAUCAGAGAUGAGGUGUGUUGUUGUCUUGGUGACCCAAGCAUCUACCACACAAGGCAAGGCCACUGUUCAUUGCUCAGCCAAUAAGAUGACAGUAGCCCUUGAUAAAGCUUCCAUGCCUGGCAUUGACGAGAACUUUCUCAAGCUGAGUGACCCUUCAUGCUCGCUCACCUCCAACAGCACUCACAUCAUGGGUGCAAUGUCCUUCAGCACUUGUGGGACAAAAAUUGAGGAUAAAGGUGAUUAUAUCAUUUUCAAGAAUGCGAUCAACUCCUUUGAGCUGGCUAACGAGGUUAUAACUCGAAGGAAGACAGUUAAAAUCGGUUUCUCAUGCCAGUUUCCCAAAGCCAUCAGCAUCUCCAAUUACUACAAUCUCCACAACGCUGACUACAUUUUCACCGAGUCCAACUUCGGAAGCUUUGGCUACACUUUUGAAAUUUUCUACAACAGCAGCUUUACAAACAGAGUGGAGGCUAGUGCCUAUCCAGUACAAGUCAAGCUGCUGGAGACUAUUUUUAUGGGCAUCCAAGCUAGUUCAGAAUUACCAAACGUGAUGUUGUUUGUUGAGUCAUGCAAAGCCACUCCUGAUAACAACCCUGAAAACAGCCUCUCGUACUACAUCAUCAGGAAUGGGUGUGUAGAAGACGAGACAGUAACAAUUUACCCAUCUAAUAAAACUGCAUUCAACUUCGGACUUCAAGCCUUUAAAUUUACUGGAAACUAUGACCAGGUGUACAUCACGUGCUCUGUAAUCCUGUGUGAGCCUGAGAGUCCCUUUUCCAGAUGUGCCCAGGGAUGUCUGAAGGAUCCAUCACGCAGACGUAGGCGAGGCCUGAGCGGGGAGACGGGUAGACACUACAUUACCCAGGGCCCUCUGCAGUUUGUUGGGCAGCCUUUUCCUGAUACAGCAGAGAACAGUCAGGAUGUUCUGAUGGAAAGGAGCGGCACGCUUCCAGAAGUGAGUCCUCCACCAGCUUCUCCAGGCACAAAAUCAAGUGAGGAAGGUUGGGAAAUGAGGAAGAUCUUCAGCUCCAACAUCUCCACCGCAGUCUUUGCCAGCGCCUUCUUAGUGUCAGUGGUGCUGUUGGGCAUUAUGGCUCGUUACUACAGGAAGAACGGAAGAGCAGAAGACCGCAAAGUUCUCAUAGCUUCAGAAUGGGAGAACUAAACCCAGUAUUUACUCACAAUUGUGUUUGUCUCACUUUCACAUGAUCACUUUCUUCAAAGUCUGUCUUAAAACAAAAUUGCAUCAAAAGCUGCUAAACAACCCUUAAAAACAUCUUUUCAUCUGAAGAGAUGGCAGACACCAGUCCUGCCAAAAUACUCUCAAAUACCGAUAGCUAUUAUGAAGCUUUGAAGUUGUAAGUAGUCAAAUAUUUAAGUAUCUUCUACUGUUAUUCUUUAUGUGAUCUUUGAUGGGAUAAUAACAUGAAUGGGUAAAAACGAAUUUAGCAGAUGCUCGUUUGAUUUGAACUGCACUGUUAAUAUUUUUUGUGUGUGGACAGGUAGUAGAGUCAGAAUUCAUUUUGGAUGAAGGCUUCACUAGGCGGCAGCAGCAGAGCCUUUCUACAAUUGGUCCAUGACGGUGGGACUUUAAGACAGACUUGCUUAAUUAUCUCUUUUUUUAAGGUGAUUAGUCUAUAUGUGGUGUCGUGGUCG